AUGAAUAAAAAGACUAAAACCCCUUAACAAUAAUCUCAAGCUUAAAAUCAACAAAUAAAUCAACCAUCUCCAAUGAUGCAACCAAUGUCUUUACAAUCUGGACCAUCUCCCUCUCAACCUGACACUUCUGUUUUAGAUGAAUCUGGAGGAGAGAGUGUAAAAGUUGCAUUGCGAAUAAGACCAAUGAACUAAUUGGAACAAGGGAGAGGAGAUGAAUAAUGUAUAAAAGCUAUAUCAGAUUCUAAUUGUUAACUCUAUUAUAAGUAAUUCUUGAUCUUAAUUAGCAAAGAGGAGUAGCUAAAUAAUUUCGAUUCAACGCUGUUUUAGAUGAAAGGUGUACUUAAUAAGAGGUGUUUAUGAAAUGCAAUAUCUAAGAGUUAUUAGAUGCAGCCUUAGAUGGAUAUUCAGCUACUAUUUUUGCUUAUGGAUAAACAGGGUCAGGUAAAACUUAUACGUAAAUUUUCAAUUUUAAUAUUCAAGCAUUUCAGGAGUUGAAGAACGUUUGGCCAGAGAAAAAUACAUUUCUGAUGAUUCAGAAGGGAUUAUUCCUAGAGCCACCAGGUAUUUGUGGCAGAUUAUGGCACAAAGAGCAGAGCAGUUCUAUGUUAAAGCCUCUUUUACUGAAAUCUAUAAUGAAUAAUUGAGAGAUCUUCUUAAUCCUGCUUCAGGAAUCUUACAUUGCAGAUGGAAUCUACAGAAUGGAUUCUUUGUUGAAGAUCUAAUGAUUGUUGAAUGCACUUCAUAUUCUGAUAUUCAAGCAGUUCUUCAUGAAGGAAUGAGAAAUAGAAAGUAAGGAUCUCAUGAAUUAAACAAAGAUUCAAGUAGAUCUCAUUCCAUUUUAACAGCAUAUUUAAUUGGAGAGUAAAAUAUCGAUGGAUAAAUUGUCAAAGUAUAAAUUUAUUUUUUAAAUUCUCGCAGAGAUAUGGAAAAUUCUCAUUCGUCGAUUUGGCAGGGUCCGAAAGAUUGAAAGAAUCAAAAUCUCAAGGAGACAUGAUCAAAGAAACAGGAAAUAUCAAUAAAUCUUUAUUUACUUUAGGAAAAGUCAUCAAAUCUCUUAGUGAUAAAAAAAACAAGCUACCUUACAUUCCUUAUAGAGAUAGUAAAUUAACUAUGCUUUUAAUGGAUUCCUUGGGGUAUAUCACUUUUCUUAUUCCUUAGAGGUACUGCUAAAGCUUUGAUGAUUGCUUGUGUCUCUCCAUCUGCUGCUUAUUAUGAAGAAACUUUGAGUACUAUCAAUUAUGCCACUUCAACUAUGAAUAUUCAAAAUAAACCAGUCAUAUCUAUGGGAGAAAAGGAUUAGAUUAUCUACAAUCUUACAAGGGAGAGAGAUUUACUGAAAAUGGAAAAUCAAUAUCUAAGAGAAUAAUUAUAAAGGUAUUCCUAAUUAUUAUCUAGGUAUACCAAUGGAUUACCCAUAGAAAUACCUAAUUUUAAUGAUAAAAAUGGAUAAAAAAAAUAACUUCCUCCCUUACCAUCCAGACCCAUAAGUCAUAAUCAAAUUCUUAAUAGUUAACAAAAUGGAUUUGAUCAAUACGUCAAUCCUAAUAAUAGUAAAAUUGAUUUACCUGUAAAUAAAAUUUUACACGAAUACUAAAUGGAGAUCAAUAAAUUAAAAUAAGAAAAUGAUGAAUUGAGAAAUGCACGUGAUGUUUCUGUCAAGAAUUAUCAUAUUGUAAUGAAUGAGAAUAAUGCUUUGUAACUGAAACUAGAAAAUUUAGAAUAGAUUUUUAUUGGUAAUCCAAUAACCAAAGGGGAUCAUGAUAAAUCGAAAAUUUAAGAAGAAUAUAUGUCAAGUGCAUUAUUGAUUGAAAAUAGUGAUUUAAAAAAAAAAGUGGCAUCUUUAGAAGAGAAAAAUAUGGAGUUAGCUUAAGUAUGAAAAUUUAACAUUAUUUUAGAUUGCUAGAAAAAAUCUAAGUGGAAAGAGUAGCGAUCCGAAUGAUUUACAUGAAAUAGUUUAAUUGAAAUAAACGAAUAAUUAGUUAUAAUAACGUGUAGAAUUUUUAUAAGCUAGAGAAAGAGAUUUACUUGAAUAAAUAAUGAGAUUGUAAAGACAACCCAAAGCUUAUGCAGGAUUUUGA